CCUGGGUGCGCCUCCGGCUGCUGUGCUCCGGGCCAGCUCCCCCUACCCCGCGCCUGGGAGGCGACCCCCCGUGCGCCCCGGGUUCAAAGGCCCCGCAGCUCCAGCCCCUCCAGGGGGCGGGGAGGCGAGGGGGGUGGUGCAGGAGCCAGAAAAGCCCGAGCCCACAGCCGGCCAGCCCUGUGCUGGUAUGGGCAGCGCGCUCUGAAAGUUUGUGACCGCCGCAGCCAACUUGUAACUGGAGCUGGGGACGCAGCGAGAGAGCGGCCGGCCUCGAACCCCCACAACUGGAGGGCGAGGCCAACUGUGCCCGGUCCCAGUGCCCUUUGGCGGCCAGGAGCGGCCGUCCUCCGGGCCCGGAGCUCCCGCGCCUGAUCGGGGUUCAUGGAGCCGGGGCUGUGGCUCCUUUUUGGGCUCUCGGUGACCUCCGCCGCAGGAUUCGUGCGCCCCCAGCCUGGGGACGCUGGCAGGAGCGGCGUGCUCCAGGUUCCUCCUGUAGCCACAUCUGAGGGGGACCUUGAAGAGACUGGGGCUGGCCCUAGAGACAGGAUGGUGGCUCCUGUCACAGCAGUGCAGGGUCCAAGCCCUGGAAGCCCUGGGCAGGAGCAGGGACCAAGUCAGGCCAGGGAGCAGGAGGCUGAGGAGGGCCCUGAGCACCACCGAUCCAGGCGCUGCACGUGCUUCACCUACAAGGACAAGGAGUGUGUCUACUAUUGCCACCUGGACAUCAUCUGGAUCAACACUCCUGAACAGACCGUGCCCUAUGGACUGUCCAACUACAGAGGAAGCUUCCGGGGCAAAAGGUCCGUGGGGCCGUUUCAGGGGAACUGGCAGCCAUCGAAGCAGACACCCUUGCGCUGUGCUUGUGUGGAGAGAGAUGACAAGGCCUGUGUACAUUUUUGCACCCAAACCCUGGAUGUCAACAGCAAUUGGAGGACAGCAGAUAAACCAGACAAAGAAGAGGAAGAGAAGGCGAGAGGUGUCACCAAAGGCCCCAGACGGAGGAGGGAAGAUGUGACGCAUCGUUCCUCCCGGGGGUGAAGUCAAGGACAGACAAAGCAAGUAGGCUUUAGACCUCCACCGUCCAAAGCUCGUGCCCAGCAGUGGACGUCACUGUCGCUCCCCUGCCCGCCCAGCUGCCUUUCAGGAAGGAGUCCCGUCGGAGAACCGGCCUGCAGCGUUCUGUUCUGGGGAGGCUUCAACGAUUGCUUGUCCACCCUUCUCAAUUUCCACCUCUUUCAGGACAAAGAGUGAAUUUGCCUGGGGCAGAAAACCCACCCAUAGGGUCCCCACUUAACAAUACCCCCCUGCUCCAAGAAUGUCCAAAUCCACAUGACCCCACUUUCCCUAAAGGGUAAAAUGAUCCCAGAUGUGCCCUGGGGCAUGACGCCCACGGCUCCGGUUACCCGCAGGAAAUUGUUUUUGGAGAGGCAUGGCAAGUUGGAAAGCCACUUGCUGGCUUUGGACGUGACUUCCCUUACAGAAUACGUGGACUCCAAGCUAACUCUUUGCAAAUGUAAACACGUGUCCAUCUUGUAACAGAAGCAAAAUGCCCGUGUGGCAGGAGCACGCCGGCCUCCCCAUCCCGACCGGGACAGGCACCGUGUGAGUGAGGGAGGCUGCGAGGCACCCGCUUCAGACACCGGUCCUAGCUGUACAGGGGUUUAUGAGCUUGAAGCUUAUAGGAUUUAGGCAGAGAAAUUUUCAGCUGUGCUUUGUACCCACCAAAAGGAUAUAUCUCAAAAAAUAAAUAAAUAAGAAGAAAAAGAAAAAAGAAACCUUGAUGUUUGUGACAAGAAAAGGAGAAAGUUAAUAUCUGCUGGCUUUGAACUCCGGGGCAUGCAUGCAACACAGAGCUUGUUCUUGGAAACUCAACCUCUUGUGCCCUUUGUAGACACCAGGCCCACGCACUGUAGCGUUCAGAGGCCUCGUUUGCAGGAAGCCGGCUGUACAGGCAGCCCCAGCUCAAGGCUUUUAGGUUGAAUAUUUGCUUUCAUGAAUAAAUGUGGAUCUUUGGGGAAUGGCUGCAAAAUUAGCCACGAACACAAAUUCUUUGUAAAUUAUGUAAAUUCCUAUUUAUCUAUAUAAUUGGCAACAACUGGGAAUUGUAACGCCUGACAGUUCAAAAUCUCUUUCAGCUGUGCUCUUCCUGCCGCGCUGCGCUUACUGCGUGUGGAACUGCGACUGUGCCGUGGAAGGUUGCCUGGGCGGGGGCCAGGCUGCCCACCUCCCACCUGGCCGCAGAGAGAGCAGUGUGUGCCCGGGCACCGCGUGGAGAAGUGUACGGUGGUGUACGAUGGAAUGUUGGCCUUGACCAAGUGCUAGAUUCUCUAUGAGUAUUUCAUAAAUUAUUACAAGUGCAAAAGUGAGUAUCAUGAGGAAAUGAAAGGGACCGAUUUGCUGGCAGGAGUUUGUACAGUUUAGAGAAGCGAUUAUUUAUUGUGCAGCGAGUCUCUACUUCGACUCCUUUAUGUGGAUUGGUUCAAAGGAAAGUCACUGUGUGUAUAUAUAUAUAUAGAUAGAUUUUAAAUUGUGUUCUCAAUCCAGGCUCAUAUUUCUUAGCGCUUGAAUUACAUUUCUAGAACGCAUAUGCACUGUUCGACACUGCGGCCAGGUGGUAUCUCAGAGAAAUUCAUUCAUUGUGCGAAUGCU